CUAACUAAAUUUUCCCGCCAAUUGGAUCCCCAACUCCCUCAUCUCCGAUCAAUCGGCGCGGUCUUCAACCGGAGUCGGGAAAGCCUUAUCUUCUCCCGCCGGACGAGGAGUGGAAGAAAUGCCGCCGCUGAGUUGGCGCCAGCACACCCUAAUUCAGGCGCUGCUGUCGCGAGGUCCACUCAAGGAAGCGGAUUUUCUCUCCAUCUUCUUGCAAGUCACCGGAAAAUCAGGUUCACAACAGCAGUUACUCAAUGACUAUCUCCGCAAGAUAAACGCAGAAUUAGCCUACGUUCAGUUAGAGCUUCGAGCAUGCCGAAACCAAUACAAUGGUGAAGUGUACUAUGGCGUAAUUAACAAUGUUUCGGACGAUCAAUCCAAGCUUGGAACAAAAUACACUGUUCCUCAGAUUGCUUUCUACAAAGGCAUAAUUGAAGCUAUUAUACAAGAUGAAGAAGCUAGGGGUUGCAUUUCCAACAACAAUGCUCUUUACAUACGGUUGGAAGCACAGGUUACAGGGGAAGGCGGUUCACUAUCACAGGCAGAUUCUGCCCAGGUUCCUCCCGCGAUUAGGAACUUCUCCAUGUCGCAGAAGGAAAAAACACUAGAGCAAUUGGUAAAAGAUCAGUGGCUUUGUUCCUUGGAAGACGGGAAAAUUGGUAUUGGAGUAAGAUCCUUUCUGGACCUUCGAAGCUGGUUUCGAACUAAUGAGGUUCCUGCUUGUGAAAUCUGUAAUGAGGCUGCAGUUAAGGCUGAGCCUUGCCAGAGUGAAGAUUGCCGUGUUCGACUCCAUCUAUACUGUCUGGAAAAGAAAUUCUCUCGGCACAAGGCAGAAAGAGUGUGCCCUGGUUGUGGCACACAAUGGCGUGGAUAUACGGCUAAGGAAGAACCUGUACAAGAAGUGGACAAUGUCUUGAAUGCCCCCCCUCCGUCUCAGAAUUCUGGGUCAAACACAAGAAAGAGGAAAAAGCCUCAGAGAGAACAACCUGAUUCUAACAAUGCUGGGUUGGGCUUUUCUCAAACUUCUAAUAUUUCCAGGAGAAUGACCCGAAGCUCAGCUCGACAGCGCUAACUUAAGCAGCUACAUGAUUAUUUUUGGAAUGAUGAAUGAACUAAACGAACCCUUGUACAUAUAGUGGGAUGGUAUUACACUGUUAUCUGAAGGUUAAGGUUACCGGGCGGUAGAAGUAUUUUGAUGGUUUUAACCUUAUUUUGGCUGUAAUGUGUAAAGAAUUGGACUCUACCUUAUUUUCCCCAAUUGUUGCAUAUAAGAUGGCUCUUCUCUUCAAAAAUAUCCUUCGUAGCUUAUCAAAAACUUAUCUUCUUGCCUA